AUGGCGGAUGCACCUCUGUACAAGCAGCGCCGCAAGUACAUCAGGGAGCUCCACGACGUCCACCUCCACGGCAAUCACAAGCUCCACGUCCUUUGCACAAGCAAGGGCAAAGACGUGGACAAGAUGUUGUCCACGUUCAGGAGGAAGCUCGGCAGAAUGCCCGUCAAACUAGUCGGCGUUGAUGUCGAGUACACACACUACGAGAAGCCACAGCAUGCAGCGGUACUACAGCUAUGCGUAGAAAAAGAAUGCCUUGUCUACCACAUAUCUGCAGCUAAAGACAGGCCAAUGGAACUAGACAAAUUCCUGAUGAAUGAUGAGUACACCUUCGUCGGAUUCGCUAUUGAAGGAGACAAAAGCAAGCUGAAGGUAUCUGGUUUGGAGAUCAACUCCAACAACUACAUUGAUAUUCAGGUGGAAUGGAGAGACCCAUACAAUAAAAAGAAGUUUGACUCUUUGGCUGAUGUUGCUGGCAGGAUGAUAGACAUUGACUACCAUGACAUGAAGAAAAAAAAUUAA